AGGCAGUCUGCGCAGGCGCGCGGCAGGCCCCGCCCUCAGAUGACGUCACGCGGCCGUUGCCGCGCUCCAGAGGUCGGCGCGCGCGAUUUAAAUCCUACUCGUCAGACGCCGUGAGCAAGAUGAGACCUCCGGGUCCAGCCAAAAUGAUCAACUCUUCAGAGAUCCGUGGGCACCACCACAGUGUCUCCUCACCUUCGGAACGGAUGCUCCCAAUGCCCCCAUCCAAGAAGGCCUCACUCAGUACUCCUGGCACCCCAGUCCUUGAAGACUUCCCUCAGAAUGACGAUGAAAAGGAGCGCCUGCAGCGGAGGCGCUCCAGGGUCUUAGACCUACAGUUUAACACGGAUGCGACUCAUCUGCUAGCCUCCCCUUCCAACAGGAGCAUUGAUGUUUCAACUACCGUAUCUAAGUUUACAAACACACAGAUUACAGAACAUUACUCCACUUGUAUCAAGCUCUCUACUGAAAAUAAAAUUACUACCAAGAAUGCUUUUGGCUUACACCUAAUUGACUUUAUGUCAGAGAUUCUUAAACAGAAGGACACAGAACCAACCAACUUUAAAGUGGCUGCGGGCACCCUGGAUGCAAGCACCAAGAUCUAUGCAGUGCGUGUGGAUGCUGUCCACGCUGAUGUUUACAGAGUCCUUGGGGGGCUGGGCAAAGACACACCAUCUCAAGAAGAGGAGGAGAAUCAUGGUGCAGACAGAAGUACUGCUGAAAUGGGAACAACCAAAAAGGCUUCAAAGCCAAAGAAGAAGCAGUCCUGCAAAACCAUCGAGCAGAAUGUGAGCAAUAUCAACAUCUCUGAAGCAGACCGAAAGUGUGAGGUGGAUCCCAUGUUUCAGAAGACCGCAGCCUCCUUUGAUGAGUGCAGCACAGCAGGGGUAUUUCUCUCCACUCUCCACUGCCAGGACUACAGAAGCGAGCUGCUUUUUCCUUCUGAUGUGCAGACCCUCUCCACAGGAGAACCUCUCAAGUCGCCAGAUUUAGGUUGGGUGGAAAUGACUGAUUUGAAAGCGCCCUUGCAGCAAUGUGUGGAAGACCGCCAGCUCUGCCCUUCUCUGGCCGGGUUCCAGUUUACUAAAUGGGACAGUGAAACACAUAAUGAGUCUGUGUCGGCCCUGGUGGACAAGUUUAAGAAGAAUGAUCAGGUGUUUGACAUCAACGCAGAGGUUGAGAACAGUGACAAUGGAGAGUUCCUUGAUGGGCCCCUGGAGGAGGACUUUGAUGCCAGCAGUGAACCAGACCCCUCCACAGCUGGGGAUCAUGAAGAGUUCCGAAGCUGGAAGGAGCCCUGCCAGAUCCAAAGCAGCCAGGAAGAAAUUAUUUCCCUCGGGAAUGGAGACAUCCAGACCAUGUGCCCCCUUUUAUCCAUGAAACCUGGAGAAUACUCCUAUUUCAGUCCCCGGACCAUGAAGAUGUGGGCUGGCCCAGAUCACUGGCGCUUUAGGCCUCAACACAAGCAGCACACUGCCUCCCAAGUGGAGAACAAAAAGAAGAGUGCAAAGAAAGACUUUGAAAUUGACUUUGACGAGGAUAUUGAUUUUGAUACAUAUUUUCAGAAAACAAAGGCUGCUACUACUCUGACCAAGUCCACUUUGGAGAACCAGAAUUGGAAAGCCACCACUCUUCCUACAGACUUCCACUAUGAGACUGACACUCUUGUUGAACUUUAUCUCAAACCAGGCAUAAGGUUACUUAAGAGGGGCCAGGACCAGAAAGCAAAGACUGAGCACUAUGAAGAAAUUGAAGACUAUGAUUACAACAACCCUAAUGACACGUCCAACUUCUGCCCUGGACUACAGGCUGUUGACAGUGAUUACGAAGAGUCUGAUGACUUAUUUACGGGACCGGUUGGAACCUUUGACCUCACAUCUGAUCCCUGCCAUACACCUAAAACAGCACAAGAGAAUGGUCACACUCCUGAAAGCCAAGGGCUAGAAAUCACGACCUAUGGGGAGUCAAACCUGGUGGCCGAGCCGCAGAAGGUGAAUAAAAUUGAAAUUCAUUAUGCUAAGACUGCCAAAAAGAUGGACAUGAAGAAGUUGAAGCAGAACAUGUGGAGUUUGCUGACAGAGUUCUCCAGAAAAGAGGCUGGCCCAGAGGCAAACCACUGUGAAAAUGGAAAAGAAGAGGCCCCCAUAGAGGUAGCUGACAAGAAGAUGCUCAGUGGGCUUACAAAGGACCUGAAGAAGAGCCUACCCCCACUCAUGGCUCAGAACCUCUCUAUACCCCUGGCUUUUGCCUGUCUUCUGCAUUUAGCCAAUGAAAAGAAUCUGAAGCUGGAAGGCACAGAGGAUCUUUCUGAUGUUCUCGUAAGGCAAGGAGACUGAGUCCACUGUGAGACGUUGCAGCGGAAGUGCCCACCACUUUCUAGUGGUCAGUCCAGUCCACUCCACAUGGAGGAAUAUACUAGGAGUUGUGAUAUGGCUCUAGCCAACAACAUGUUGCUCUUCCCUUCUUGCCAUCAUAGUCUGGAUGCAAUACUCUGAUUGACUAAAGUCAUGUGCAACUGCCUCAAGUGUCUGCAUGGGUAACUACCCACCUAGGAGAGCCAGAGGAGGGGGUCUUGUUGUUCUAGAAUGUGAAAACCCAUGUCUGUUCUUUAUGUCCAUGUGUAGUUCUAGGCACUUGCUUAAUCUAUUGUUUUCCACUCUACUGUGCUAGAGAAUUUUUUAGUAGGCACUUCCUGUCUUUAAAGAACUCCCAAUCCAUGUACAUAAAAUAUAUGUAAGCUUAUAAAUGUAUAUAUAAUGCUUAAAAAUAAAACCAUUCUAAAGAAUAUG